GGACUGACUGGAACACAACGGGAGUUUGUGCUCUGCUGAGUUUUGUCCAUGAGAGUGAGACAGUCAGUCUAGACGCUCUUGACAGCCUCAUCUGGAGGAGAGACACUUCCCUCUGCGGCUCUGUCCCCAUCACGACGACACAUUACGAGCUUCUCCUAAGAUGAAACUCCAGCACUCCUGAAGAAGGAUGACACCCCUGGCACAUUGGAUAGGACGGUGCCUAUGGGCAUCUGUGUCACUCACAUGCCAAGCCUGAAAAGUGGAAAGAAAGACAGUUCUAGCAGACACGUCGAACACUUCCAAGCUCUAGAGUGAAACUUUGCACAGUUGGCCAUGGCUGCAUUUCCAUGGCUUGGAGGAUAGUAUCCCUCAUUUAGUAAGCAUUUUUACCACAGUGAGUUUUUUAACUGGUCAUUUAACAAAUCCAGCACUUCCUUGCCCAGAGGGUUUAUAGAGUAUCUGUCACACACAAGCUGAACCGGAGGAUCCAAAAUGGAGGUCACACAGCAACACUCUUUCUACCAGACUGGUUAAAGCUGCAGUCAAAAGCAUUACUGCAAGGGCAGUAUGCAGGCAGCUGACUACCCAGCCACAAAUAAUAACACAGAGUGCAAGUUCCACUGCACCAAUGGCAGAUGUCUGAAACUUCUCUCGCUGAUUUGCAAUCGUCUGAAUGAAUGUGGAGACAACAGUGAUGAGGAACACUGUCCUGCUUCUGUACCUCCACCUCCAGACACCAUCCAGUCUGAACUGGAGUUUGUUCAGAUAAUAAUCAUAAUUGUGGUGAUGACUGUAAUGGUAGUUGUGAUCAUCUGUUUGCUGAACCACUAUCGGCUGUCGGCCUGGGCCUUCCUCACACGCCACAGCCAAGCCCGUCAACGAGAGGAGGGCAUGCAGCCGGUGAUGUAUGGGCCACGGAACGGAGAGCGCUUCAACUCACCUUCAUUUAUGCAAAGGGACCGAUUCAGCCGCUUCCAGCCCACCUACCCAUACCUGCAGCAGGACAUCCACUUGCCGCCCACCAUCUGCCUGUCAGACGGUGAGGAGCUGCCGCCCUACAAGGGCCCCUGUACUCUGCAGCUCAGAGACCCCGAGCAGCAGCUCGAGCUGAGCCGUGCGUCCGUGCGCGCCCCCCCGAACCGGACCAUUUUCGACAGCGACCUGAUAGAUGUUUACGUGCACGGAGGCGGCCCACGGCCCCCCAGCAGCAACUCUGGCAAGAGUGCCUCGAACUUGCACGUGGAGGGGCCACCGCCCACCUAUAGCGAGGUGAUGGGUCAGACGUACCCAGGCUCCGCCUCCUUCCUGCACCAGCACAGCAAUAACACACCACCCUCCAACCAGAGGACAGCCAGUGGCUCCGCCCAGCCUGGCGCAAGCACAACCCUGUUCGUCAAGGUUAAGGAUAGCCGGCGUGACAAACCCAUGUGACUAGGAUACACCUGCAGAGGGCAGUAGAGAGCACGUGUGCUCUUUGGUACUUCCUCCUGGACCUAAAGGGGCCCUAAACACUCCCCUUGCACAAUUUAAAUUGAAAAUUGAGGAACCAAGCUUACAAAGUUAAUUUUUUUUUCUGGCUAGAACUUUGGGGCCUUGUAUGGAUGUUUGGGCUCCUUGACUAAAUUUCUUUGUUUGUUUAUGCUUUCCUGUAUUUAAAGAACACGUGUGUUGGCACAGAUUGUUUGCGUGAGAGACCACAUAGGUCAUAGGAUUGAGACAUUUUCUAUUUGUUUGUGCAUUUCCAGGACUCAUGCACAAAACACUGUUCACCACCAAUCAAAAUCCAAACUGAGUGCCAUGAAAAAAUCUUAAAUCUUGGGGAUGUGACUCACAACAACAAAAUGUCUUUAUGUUGCACUUAUUCUUUCAAGAGUAGAAACGCCUACCCUAAGUUACUUUACAUAUGUCAAUCCACAUGGUUCCUGGGAUUUUUCUCUUCCUUUUUUACAUUUCGCGUUUCCUGAAAUGGAGAUGUAGAACUCUGAUCCAGCCUAAAAUCUCCACGCCUGAACUGCAUCAUGGCACUUAUUAAAAAGAAAAAAGAGGGGGUUUAACGAGCUGUUCAAAUUCCAGAUCACUUUUUCCACCAACCAAUUGAGAGAUAUUGGCAUGGAUAUCUGCGGAUGGAAGUCACGACACACACGCCACUUUCAUCCUGUCAAGUAGCACUUUAAACUUUCGUCACUUCUGCAUUGUCAUGGGGUCCAAGUGCAAGGGAAUCAUGGGAACUGUAGUCUUAUGCACAUCAUGUCCCCUUCUGAGCGAGUGUGUCAAAUCUCAUACAGUUUGUUUUCCACUUGAAAAAGCAUGCGUAUAGUUUUGUUUCCAGUUAUCCAUACUAUACUUUAGUUCACGAUCAUAUAUGGAUCUCAUAUUUUAUCUUUUACUCUCCUCCCCUGAAUGCCGUUUUAUUCCGAGGCAGCACAGGAACACACUUUUGUCUCCUUAUUUGUCAUCAGUAUUUAUAUCAGUUGUACCAAUCGUGAUGAGGUACAUCCCCCUUUUUCUUUCUUCAUUUGAAGUCGUAUUCAAUCACACGGCACACUUUAAAAAUGCUUUCAGACGUGUUGAUUGUGUUUGUGAUCACACCUGAACUUUGUAAACCAUCGUUCUUUGGCCUUCCCUUUAGAAAGUCCCAUAGAAAAUAAACUAUUUAUCAACUAGUUAUUUAUUAAAGUGACCAGUUUAAGAGAAUAUUUAGUCAAAUUGGACUAAAAAAGCGCCACUUUCCUUCAUUAAAAAGCUUUUAUAUGAGCUUUUCCACCCUUGAAUAGCAAGACUCUCCUGUCGCCCAUCCGCUUCAGCUCUGAAACCUUGGCUUCCCAUCAUUGGCUCUGCUUCCCGUCACUCAUUCUGACCGCGCAGUUUGAGUUCGUACUGUAUUGCUGCUGCUGCUACGCGCUGCUACCGCUACUGCUGCUGCUGUUGUCCCUUCGCUAGUAGGCCUAUGUCCGCUUCCCUAUUACUUUAUAUUUGCGUACCAACCGAGACAUAGAUGUCCAUUCUAUGUUUUGGUCUUUCGUUAACAUAAGUGCGUUUUCGCCAUCAUUGUCUUGCUAGGAAAACGAACUCUAAUGUUUUUUAUAUAUAUAUAUAUAUAUAUAUAUAUGUUUGCAGCCGAGAGGUUUGCAUGUUACUAUUUACAUGAGCAAAUUCGGUGCCUAACAGUCAUGUUUAAGCAGACAUAGAAACCCACUUGCACUCAAAAGUCCCCACCUUUGUUGUGCCUCACUUCCUAUGGUGCUUCUUUCAGUAGUCUGACUCUGUUUAUUUGUACGGUGCUGUAUAUAACUUGAAUAUAUUAUGCACAUAUCCUACCCAAUGGGUAGAAAACCACAAGAAAGCAUUGUUAAUACUGUAAUAUAAUGUAUAGAUAAUAUUAAAAAGAAAACUUUAACAUGGUGGCA